AUGGAGGCUUCAAAAAAUAAUCGUGGGUAUGCUAAGGGUAAAAUAACAAGAACUGAAAAAUAUUUGAAUGGAUUUAUUGAUUUGAAUUUUGACAUAAAUGAAUUAAAUAUUAGGGAAGAUUUGCUUAUAAAUAGCUUCAAUGAAUUUUGUGCUAUUCAGCAAUCAAUUGAGGAACAAAUGGAUGCGAUGCCCACACAAUAUAAACGAAAACUUGGUGGCAAGCCAAGGAGGCAAUGGCGACAAGAAGACCUAGAAGAAGCUCUAAGAUGUUUAACUUCUGGCAAAAUGGGAGUUAAUGAAGCUUCACGUGCAUAUGGAAAUUUCUCCCGUUCCAAUUCAUUCAACGUACUGAAAAAAAAAAGAAAAAAACAAGCCGCGCAACUCCUAAACCAAAAAAUAUUGAAGCAAAGCAAAAACCAGAAGUCACUUGAUGAAACUGAAAUUUCUGAAAAUUCCGAAAAUUCAGAUGAUGAACCAUUAGCAAAAGUAGCAAAGAAAAUUAAAACCACCGACAAGACCUCUUCAGAAUAUCUAAAAAAAUUGACAAUUACAAAGAAAUCUCGUCGUGAAUCUAAAUCGGAAAGAUGUGCUGAAUGUUUGGAAAACUAUUACGAAACCACAGAGACAGUGGAUUGGCUUGAGUGUAUAGCAUGCAAAAAAUGGUAUCAUGAGACCUGUUCCUUGUACGCCAAUAAAUGUAACCUUUGUGGGAGAGAAGAAAAAAGGGCUGAGAAGGCGAAGAAAGACCUAAAAAAACUAUUUUAG